UGUGCACUCAAAUAAACAACAACAAAAAUGAUGCAGUCCAACCGUAUGCUGCAGCGGGAGCAGGUAGAACUUCUGGCUAUUGAAAAGAAGCUGCUGAAGGUGGUGCCUGUUAUCCAGGAGGCCUUGAAUUCGCUAAAGGUGGAGGAACUGCAUCUGAAAUCCUUGGGACUGGAGCGUACCAUUAGCGAAUCACAGCAAGUGCCGCCUUCGAAUCGCACCCACUUUGAUAUGCAUGAAACUCCACACAUGAGCACACCUGCGGCAAUGCGACCGGAUCAAAUUAAUCAGCAGAAAAUCGAUUUGGACCUCUUUAUAAGCAAGCUGGAACACGACGAGGAAUUGGACUCGGACUGAGAAUCGGUAGCUAAAAUGUUUAUUCGCGGUGCUUGGUGCCUGGCGAUGAAUCUGCCAGACCACACAAACCAGACCAUACAUACGUGUACAUACUUUGAACUUAAAUAAUAAAAUCUUUCGUGCACUUA